AUGUCAGCGACGCAGGAAAAGAUACUUUUGGCGCUUAGAGAGAAGCUCUCCCCGGAGGCAUGUGCAAAAACAGUCGAAAUAUUGCAUGCAGAUAGGCACAAGGAAAAAGGCAGCUGCAUGAAAAUAGAGGCUGCAGUCUUCUACUUGCUGAAGAAGGUUGAUUUACAGGUUGUGCUGCUAGAGGCCGGCCUGUACGAAAUUCCGCUGGACUAUGUACAUGCGCACUUGAGCACCGUGGAGAUUUCCCAGAGCACGAAAGCAGCCGUCUUCUCGGAUGUAGAGGCCUCGCUUGGAAAUGUGCUCGCAUACAUAUCCAGGGAAAUAUGCGAGUCCCAAUAUCACUACGCGAGAUCAAGAUGCAGCAUCCACGACUCCGAGGCAUACAAAGCAAUGUUUUCCUCGGCAGUCAAGUACCACGGCAUACAAAGAGGGACAGGCCUGCUGGUGGACCAUCUUGUGAGCCAGAUCGCAUUAAUAACUCCCAGCGCAGAGUAUGCAGCAGCAGAAGUGCUUCCUCUGGAGCAACUGUACGACGCCAUGGAGGGAGGAAGCAUCGAGCAGUUUGUGGUCCAGCAGCUGGAUGUGAUGCACUGCAUGCUAAGCACGGAAGCCAACUUUGAGUACGGGGAGAGAAUACGCGCGGACCUUCUGAGAAACGCCAAAAGCAUUCGGCACCACUGGGGGAAAAUUGUCGGCACAGAGGCCCUGGGGCAGUCGCUUGACUGGUGCAAGUCCGUAAUAAGUGCGUACAUGGACGGAGAAACAGCCGAAUACUCCUUUGCAAGGCCGAGCCAGAAAAGGGGAAGAGUUGACUCUGGGGAAGUUGCAAGCCUGCACAGAGACUUUGCAUACGACAUGAACAUGAUUCUUUACGGGCACUCUGUGAGGCACGGGAUGUCAGUGGCAAGCAGGGCUCGAUGCAAAGAAAAUGCAAGCGAAGCCCUGCACUGUGCAGAGGCCAGCAAAAGAAAGGCCUUUUUCUACAGUGCAAUAGCGCGCCUUGUGGGGGCAGUUUCCUCGAUUUUCAUAGGAGUCUCCUUUGCGCUGCUCAUAAAUCGGUCGCUCAUAGAGAGCAUAGACCCAGUAAAAGGCAAGGCAGGCACUGCUAGGCAGCUCGAACUUGCACAGCCGAUGCUUCUGGCGCUUGCAAUGGGCUUCAACGGGCUGGUUUUGCAGAAGCAGGUAUUUGCCGACAGCAAGAAAAGCUUUUCGGAAAUUCUAUCCAGAGAAAUCAACAGAGUCGUUUCAAAGGUCGUGCUUCUGGGGCUUCUAUUCACUGCAAUAUUCUACGUGGAUCCAGCCAUAUACGCUCUUAGAGAGGCAAAGGCUGCAGUGCUCUGCGUGUGCGGGGUGGGGGCAGUUUUGUCGGUUGCAGACCCCUUUCUCCGACCAAGAUACACUUUCUCCUUGUUCGACAGGAGGACUUUCGUACACACUGCGAUCUUUAUGCUGAGCAUCGCCAUUGUGGCAUACUCAGUGCAGGAGUACACGCACAAAGCCAUUGGCAUCUCCAUGCAGGGGGCAUAUGCGCCGCACUAA